GCACAGCAGGUGUUUUCUUGUGUAGUUGUUGACAUUUUUUAGUGCGCCGUCGUUAUUUUUCUAAGUUUAGUGAAUUUAAGACGCGUUCAAUUGGAAAUUAGAACCAUGUUCUAUAUGAAAAGACGAUUUGCUAGAAGAACUGGCGCCAAGAUAGUCGUCCGCGCGCCGAGCAAGUAGAGUCCGCGCUUCCCAUCUUGUGACCCUAUUUCAACGGGCGUUCAUAUAAGCCUAAUUCAAUAGAAAGUUGUUCAAGUUAUGAAAUUAAGUGAUAUUUUCGUAUAGAAAAUACAGUGCGUCGAUGUCUGUGUGAUUGCGGCUACUUACGCCAAUGCUAGAAUUGGACGCAAGUCUACCCCGGUGACAGCCCGUUGGCUUGAGUGCGAGCGGGGUUUUGAGAAAGUGCCACUAGGCUACUUUUGAGUCAAAAUGAAUUACACUCCAUUCAGCGGUCACUUUACACAAGUGCCAGCAGGUACUGUGCAGCACUACACCACAGCAAAAUUUGCUCAGAAUGUUGCUGGUCCUACAGGACAGGUGCUUGGUGUUAUCAGUAGUAUGUCAGAGGAUGGAGUAACAUAUGUGCGACCAGUAGAUACUAACGGCCUUACUGUAAACCUUGCUCAGAGUCAAGCUGUUACAACUCAACAAAACCAGGUUCAACCUACUUUCAUUUCCAUUCCGGUGCAAGUACCAGGGAGCAAGCCAGGUGAUCCUCCACAACAACAAAUGUUACAAAUUCAAGUUGUGGCACCAAGCAGUCAAGCCUUAACAGGAGCGAUAACAUGUGACAACAAUCAACCUAAAUAUCUAUCUACCCCAAUCAUCACCACAUCAGCCCCAGGCAACCCCACUGUUGUUCAGUUUGCCUACAAUAAUCAAUCAGGUGAGACGGUGGAAAUUCCUUUGAUGCAAGCAAUACAACAACAGCAAACUCAACAAUCCCAACCCACAGCAACUGAGAAUGGAGAAUGUAACACUAACAAUAACAACAACAAUCAACAGCAUACUAUACAGAUCCAAACUCAAACAGAUGAAAAUGAUGCAGACAAAGUAAAUGCUAAUAAGGUUACUGUGGUGAAAGUGGAGAAAGACAAACGAUUUGAGGGACAAACUGUGCAACAAUAUGUUGAAAUGCCGAGCAAUUGGCAAAGUUUAGUCCAACCUGGCUCAACGGUUGCGGACUGUUUGGCUAAACUACCUGCUGCUAUUCCACAUGGCCUUACAAGUUUCCUUAAAUUUGCACCUACCAUUAAAAGAGAGACAGAAAUUGAAUCAUCACCUUUGUCAACACAUUCUCCUGAAGCAAUGUCAAAUGAUCUUGUUGUUUCAUCAGAAGACCCAUUGGCUCAGGAUCAUUCGUCAGACAUGACUAUUGCAACCGACAAUGUUGGUCAAGGAAUGGGAGAUGGUGUCAAAAAACCCUCUAAAGUGAAAAAGAAGUACAAGAAGAAAAAUCCAAAGCCCAAGAAAACAAGACCUGGACAGGUUACAAUAGCAACAGCCUUAGAUGGAACAACAUUGUUCUGUUGUCCUGAGUGUAACAUGGCUUACUCUGAAAAGGAAUUGCUUGAGCAGCAUUUAGCUGUCCACAAAACUGAGCGGCGGUUCAUUUGUGACACCUGUGGGGCAGCUCUCAAACGGAAAGAGCAUCUGGAACGUCACAAGCUCGGACACAAUCCUGAGCGGCCGUACACAUGUGAUGUGUGCUUCAAAGGCUUCAAACGCAAGGAGCAUUUGAAUUUACAUGUUGUCAUCCAUUCAGGGGAAAAGACUCAGGUGUGUAAUGAGUGUGGUAAAGGUUUCUAUAGAAAAGAUCACCUUCGAAAGCAUGCUCGAAGCCACCUAACAAAGAAAUUUAAGGAAGAGUUAGGUUUGGUAACUGGAAAUCCAGGAGACACACAGUUGCAGCAGGGGCAGACUUUGGAGGAUGGUUCUCCUAUUAUGUCUAUUUUACCAAAUACUGAUGAUGUCAAUGAAGACGGUUCCAUUGAAGACCACCAGCAUCACAUGGAGUCAACUGUUGUGCUCCCAACUCAAGCUGAGACAAGUACCAUAAUGCUGCAACAUCACCAUCAUUAGUUUAUGAAGACACUUAUGUUCAUAGAAACAUGCCAAGAAACCAGUCCAUUUUUCUUCUUAAGAAGUGAAUGUGUUAUGUAGUGAACAUUUGUUUGGGUGUUUUGUCUCUUGAUAUUUAUACCUGUUGAACAACAUUUCAAUUUUCAUUACAUUUGCUAGAUUACUUCCAUUAGUGCUAUCUUGUUAAACACUGCUUUAAACAUUCAAUUUCUAUAGACUUCUGGAGAAUGAUUCUGGUUUCUCUUGUCGAUUGUUGUUAUAACUUGGACUCUGCUAGUUACCAUCACCAGCUACAUUCAUCCCACCUCAUUGCAAUCAUCUUUCUCAUCAUUGUUGUACUUUUUGUUUUCUUUUUUUAAUAUAUCUGUUAAACUCGGUGAGCUGGACAGUCAUAUCAUAAGCUGUCUCAUUCAUGAGUUUUAGUGAUCACCUUGAAUUAGUUUUUGUUACUGAGAGUGAUUCAAUAUUAGUUGUUGUAUGAGUUGUAUUGCUGGGCCAUGUACACUGUCAUGGAUUUUAAUCUAAUUUUGUACAAUGUUUAUCUGAUUGAUUAUGUGCGAUGCUAAACAUUUUAAGGUAAUGAAAGGGUCUGUAAAAUUUGAACCUUUUGUUUCGAAUCUCAGCAAAAUAUUUUACCUCUGGUAUGUAACCCAGGUGUCCAGUUUCCUGGUGUUCAGUUCAUCUCUUGGUCUAAAUGAUGAUAUUUUUAUAUUGCUUGUCCUCCUACAAAAAAUGGGUCGGUAUAAAUAUUUGAAACACUACUUAACGUACUCCAUGAACAAAUCAAUGUACUGUAAUGUGACAGAUGUUAAUAUUACUGAUUGACACCUUCUAAUACAGUACCGUUCAUGGGCGUACAUUUCACAUGCUUGUGGAAGUUCAACUUCCUUCCGAGUAAAAGCAGAACCUUUGUAAACAAUGGCAAUUGCGGGUUUUUUGUUGACUGUAAGGCUGUUAAACUAGGAACUAUUCUUCAUACUUCACAUGAAAAACAAUUUUUAUUUCAUGAUUUUGGAAAAAUGCCACUUACACCUACCUUGUAUAUAUUUUCUAGCAAUCUUAAGGUUUGUUUGCAUUUCUAGAUAGCUUCAGGGAGAUGAACAAUUAAUUUGUCACAAGAGUGCCUAAAUGCAUUUCCCUCACCCUUCCCUUCUCUUGAUUUUGCUAACUAACAAUGUUACUCUAAUUACCUCAUCUAUUAAUGUUUGUCUGUGUGUACAAUACAUUUAUUUUUUAUUUUUGUUGUUGCUCUUGGGCAUCUUUGUAGCAAAGCUGCAUUCCUCCUCAAUUUUCUUUUACUCUUGGAAGAAAUCCUCUUCACAAUUAUGAAUUUUAUAAUCUAUAUUCUGCACAUAGUGUGUAGCCCCCUCCCUUCUCUCCAGAAUUUUAGAUAUGGUCUCUUCAAAACUAGAAGCCAAUUUUUUUUUAGUAUCACGUAAUUAUUUGUUUUGCAGAUGUGGGUGGCAUAUGGUUCCUGCAUUUUAUUGUGCUGAGACGCAUGUGAAUGUGUCUAUUGAACGGUACUUUGAUGGGAGGGGUUUUGGGAUGUGUUGUUAUUUGUGUAUCUACAAAGAACUAUCACUCUCCUUUUACAUGUUUCUCAUGAUGAUUGUUCACUAUCAGUUUGUUUUAACGAGUAUUAAAAUCUUAUGUACUCAAGUGAUCAGAUACUACUUGUUACCUAGACCAAGUUCUUUGAUAUUUUAUCUCUGUGUAGGACAUGAAUGAAACUCCAAGCAGUUUGUUUGCAGUGUGCCAAAAGUUAGGUUUUUAACAGUUAACAAUCUGUACUUAUUGUGUAAGGUUUCCAUCUCAUUACUCAGUAUUGAACAGAUUGCCAAUGAUUGGAGUGUGUGACACUAUUACCUAUUUAAAUAGUUGUCCCAAAGAAUAGUCAGUGUUCCUAAUGUUGUAAUCCUAGAACCGGUGAAACAUUUCGAAUAGGUCAAUUUAUAAUAACUGUAAUUGUAUCAUACUCCGUGUAGAGGUGGACUUAUCAGAGCAUUCUGCUUCCAAUCUGACUGGAGUUGACUUGCAAUCUUUAUAAAAGUUUUAAUCUUGUACAGCUGUAAUAGCUUUCUUUCAAUUAAUUUUCUUGCACAAAAUCUUUUCCUGUACUUUCCAGUCUGUUCUUUAUCUCUUUAAACCGUCUUUUUGGAUGGAUAACAAACUGUUUGGUUUGCGUUUGCGUUUCAUUUGCUGCUCUGUAUUAUUUAAGGAAACCACAAUGACAAAGUACAAGUGCAAAUUGUGCAAACGGUGAAGUGUGCAUGAGUAGUUUAUUCACUUCCGGUUGCUGAUUUGCGGCAACCUAUAAAUAUGUGCUUUCCUUGUAACUAUGAGUGUGUAUGUGAGAGACUGCGCAUGUGUGUGUUGGUGUAUAUCCGUACAUGUGUGUAUAUGUUCAUUAAUUUAUGACGCUGCGAUCUAACCCAUCUCCUCUUUGUACAUACAUAGAUUUUAGUAUAGAAAAGAGUGAUUGCAUAUGCAGAUAAAGGAUAAUUUUUCUUUCUUUUUUUGUAAUUUAAUAUGGUUAUAUCAGGUAAGACGAUUAAUUUAGGUUUCUAAUUGUAAAUAAUAAGUAUGGUUAUACAGUGAAACAUAUUCCAUGUGAGAAUGGUGUGAUUGACAAACAUACACAAGGCGAGAGCUUUUAUAAGUACCUCUAGUGUCAUCUAAGCUUACCCGUAAAGUAUUCUUUAAUCAUGAACAAGGAUAGAAUUAAUUUUUAGAAUGUAUAUUCUAUAUACCCUGUUUUUUUUUUCCUGUUGUUGGUUGCGGUAUGAAUUGAAACUGCGUAAUAAACAUACUGGAAAUUCUUAUGAAGUUCUUCAUGAUGUAUACCAUAUGAUGUCAUCACAGGUAUUAGGUUAUGAGUGAGAUGUCAAUGAUGUCCAGCAUUUUCAAAUAUUUUACAUAUUUCAUAUGUAAUUCCUACCACUUUGAAAAGAAAAUAACAACAAAAGAACUGGGACAUUUCCUCUGAUACAACCAUUCAAUAAUCCCUUUAAGUGACCUUUCAAGUUUUCAGUUUUGCUAUGCAGGCCAUUCGAUGCCAUACUGGUCUGGCUUUUCUUUUCUUUCUUUUCUCUGUCUUUUUGUUCCCUCUGAGGCUCAAUACACGGGUUUUUAAAAGCUGAGGAAUUUUUCACAUUGAAAAAAAGAAGAAAAAUUAUGCAUGAUUGUCUCACUAAUACUUUAAAAUUUGUUGAUACUGUUAGGUUAAGUCUUAGCUUAGAAAUGAUAUUUAAACCUUCAAUUUAGUUAUUAAAGCAAUCUUUUCAAGGAAAACUAGAGUUAGUGAUUUGGUGAAGCUGUCAUGUGGGUGAAUGUGCAAUCAUCAGAGGUUUAGGAUGCCUUACUAUCUUACUCUUCUUAAACUGCCAUUUUGUUUUAAAGCAUACAACUGUGUAGAUAUUUUAUCUAAACUAAUUGAGGGCAACAUAUUUUGAUUUUUUUCAAAACUCCAAAACACUGGUUUGAAACUUGUUUAUUUCACAUCUUUCAGUUGACUUUGCCUGUGCAGUGCACUGUGUGACAACCUAGUUUUGAAAUGUGUUUCAUUUGUAGCACAUACCAAUGGCUGAUUUGGCCUGGUGUAAAGCUCUCUUUGAUGAUUGGUUUGAGCACAUGCAUGCAAUAUACAUUUGACAUUUGAAGCUGUACCUGAAUUGAAUGUGUUGGUCUUCAAUAUCAGUAGCAUGCUUACUUUUGAUGUAAGUAGCUGUGAUACACAUUUCCAUAUUACCUUCAACCUUGCCAUAAUUGAAAGGCAUGUUAAAUUACUAGGGAUCACGUAGCAAUUUAAUAGGCCACCCAGUUAAAUUUGUUUUGAAAGGUAUUUUCAAAUUUUUACUAUUUUGAUUGUAGUAUCUGUUUUAUGAUUGGUUCUAUAGAAUCAUUUCAACACAUGUUUGGAGUUAUAUUUAAAGUAAUAGGUUCAAUUAAUAUGCCUCACUUAAUGCUAUAAAACAUUGGCUGUGAAAAGUGUGUCUGGGGUUUUCAUCACUUUGAGGCUCUAUUAAAAGUAGAAAGACCUUGUAAAAUUUAUGGUCAUACAGCAGCAUUCUCAAAUUAGCUUUGCUCAAACAAUUUCUUUUUAACUUCACUAAGUUUAUAAACAGUUGAAAAUUUUUUAUCCCUUUGACAUCUUAUAUACCGUGUCAUCACAUUCAUGGUGCACUAAGUCAGAAUUGACGAUUGAGUUGAUAGUUCUGUAAUUUUCACCUGUUUUCAAACUUAAGUGAUAUUUUUAACUAUGCAUAUGCAUUCUAUAACUUUAUUCUAAAUCUGAGGCAGUUUUUUUCUAGAUCAAUCUUUUACCCUCUUACUAAAUAGUUGAUGAAAUGGCAAAUUAAAAUCAAAUAAAAUUUAAGUAGACACUGCUACAAUGUAGACUCUGUAAGGUAGUAAGGUAUAAUUUAAAAUUACAACAACGCAUUUGUGUGUAAUCUUAUAGAAGAAGAUCAUGCUCUGCCUUGCCUUGUGUUUACCUGACCGCAAAGAGGCAUGCAUUGUCAUCAUAAAGUUCAAAGCAUUGGACCAAGAUUUCUACAAAUGGACACUAAAUGUUUGUUGUAGAGCUGUUUCAGAUAUGUCUGUUGUAAAAUUAAUUUAGGAAAGCUUUCAGGUGAAUGGAGUGCAUGUAGAUGUAUUUUUCUUAUUGUAUUACAAUUAAAUUAAAUCAAGGAUCCAUGGUAUGUUUUAUUGUAUAACCAGUACAGACAUGAGUACUCUAAAGAGAAGGGUUUGUUUUAUAUCUGCACAUUCGGUAUCUUCAUGCCUCCUUAUUUGUUUGUUUUGCAAUUUGUAAUAUAUUAUGUGUUUUAUUUUUCCGAAAGUUAAAGAUUUAUAGAAUUUUAAUAUAACUGACUUGAAACGGUGAAAGAAUAGGAAUAAAGUCUGUGAAGAUCA